AUGUGUGUGGAAGACGUUGAGAAGCUUGUGAAUAACCAACUUGGAGACUUAAAGAUUGGCGAAAACUUUGAAGAUGCACUGCGUGUUGAGGUGAACCGAGCAAACUCCUCACCUUUCACCGCCGAAAUCGAGCAAGCUGCUCCCUCGAAACGAUUCUCAAUGCCCUCUUUUACAUGCUUUAAAGGCGAUUCCGAUCUCAAAAGCCAUCUGAAGCAUUUUAAGAGCCUUAUGAUCCUCUACAAAGCCGAAGAUGCGCUAAUGUGCAAGGUGUUUGCAAUGAAUUUGCGAGGAGCAGCUCAGGACUGGUUCCAUACCCUGUCAUCCGGGUUGAUCAGCAGCUUCAAGGAGCUUACUUACGUCUUCACUAAAGAAUACACUUCUUAUCGGACGAUCAAGAAGAACCCUGACCACCUGUACAACCUGCGCAAGAAGCCCGACGAAUCCCUUCGAGAUUACAUCAAGAUAUUCAAAGCAGAAAAGGCAAACAUCAUAGGAUGUGAUGACCUAAUCGCAUCAGCUGCAUUCAAGAAAGGUUUUCCAGCAGAACAUGACUUAUACCGCGAGCUGACUAUCAUUCCCAACAAGACUCUGGCAGAGGUCUUCGCGACUGCGGAACGCUACGCGCUCUGGGAUGACGAUCGAAUCCCCGCGAAGAAGUCUACUGAGCAGGAAGAUCGGCUGACCAAGCGGGCAGACCAAAGAAGCGAUAAGCUUGGCAGCAGGGACAAAGACAAACGCAGGCCACGCCCACAAAAGGAUGGUACGACAAAAGAGAACUACACCAAGUUCUCCAUCCCUAUACAUCAAAUUUUAGCCCAAGCGAAGGACAAACCUUGGGUAAAAAGACCGCCACCCUUGAAAGGAGAUCCGACAAGAAGGAUACCAGGAAGUAUUGUGCCUUUCAUGCGACGCACGGACACAAUACGAAUAAUUGCUUUGCUUGGAAAGCACACCUCGAAGAACUCGUGA